AUUGUAAUUGUGGCCGAUUAAAUGUCAACGGUCCUCGUUGCUUCCAGAGAUGCUACAACCAUCUUUUGUCCCGCCUCCUUUAAAGCAAACCUCAGGUCCUCUUCCACACCCAUACUUCCUUUUACCCCCGCGCAAACAGAGCAAAAUAUCAGAGACCCCAAAACCCACAACCCAAGAGAAGCGAGCAAGGAUCAUCCCCAGAAAUGAAGCUUGUUUGGUCCCCAGAGACGGCAUCAAAAGCAUACAUCGAUACAGUUAAAUCUUGUGAGCUUUUCCGCGAAUCAGGCGUGGCAGAGCUUGUUUCGGCCAUGGCUGCAGGAUGGAACGCACAACUCAUAGUGGAAACUUGGUCGCUGGGCGGAGUUAUGCCCACAAGCGUAGGCUUAGAAAUAGCAAGUCGUCACACGGGUGGACGACAUGUAUGCGUAGUCCCCGAUGAACGGUCAAGAUCAGAGUACGUUCGGAGCAUGGGUGAGGCCGGCAUGUCGCCGGAGGUUAUCGUGGGAGAAGCAGAGGAAGUCAUGAACGGCUUAUCAGGCAUAGACUUCUUGGUGGUGGACUCUCGCCGCAAGGACUUCUCGAGAGUGCUGAGGCUCGCAAAACUGAGCAGCAAGGGGGCGGUGCUGGUAUGCAAGAAUGCAAACUCGAGGGCCAGCUCCGGCUUUAAAUGGCGGUGCGUUCUGGACGAAAGAUCGAGGCGUCUUGUUCGUUCGGUGUUUCUUCCGGUCGGAAAAGGGCUCGAUAUGGCUCACAUCUCCGCCUUAGGGGGCAAUUCAGGAUCUGCCGUCAAGGGCAGCAAGAGAUGGAUCAAACAUGUUGAUCAACAAUCAGGGGAGGUCCAUGUUAUCAGACGGUGAAUCUUGUGUUCGAGUGCCCACUUUAAUGACAACGACAAAACCUCCCUUUUUUUCUCAUUGUUGUAAAUACAUCAUAUGAAGAAUCUUUCUCCUUUCUUUACAAUCUUUUUACAUUCUCAGGUUGACAAAUACUGGUGAGAGCCAGAGGAUUUGUUAAAUUAUCUUCAUUGCUCGUUCCUUGGUGGAGGUGCUUGACAUAGGAUAGAGUAAUAGUAGCAAGAGCAAGAAGAUUUACUGUAGCAUGCAAAUGAAUGACAUGAUCUUAUGAGAGUAUUUUUGUAUCA